AAUAUAAAUAAACUCCCACAAUAUUUUCAACAUUAGUAUUUCAUCCCCACAUUUUCUAUAAUUCGUUGCGCUCACUGUCGUGCUCUGUCUCUCUCUCUAUCUCUAGCUGUAAGAGAAACCCUAGUUUCACUGUUUCAGUAAGAUUUGAGCUCGACCAAUCAAUUAGUGUUUUUUUCAUCUCUUUUUAUACUCUAUAUCGCGACUCACCUCUCAGAACUUCAUAUUUUCGUGAAUUCAAGGUUCCUUCACCGAAUACUGGUUUCUUGAGCAUCUUGUUUUAGUUGAUUUUGUGUUUCAUUUGGUGUAAUUUUGAUCUCUGAGCUAUGGAUACUCGCAAAAGAGGCAGAGCUGAAUUUGCUAACGGCGGUUUCAAGAAACCUAAGCCAGAAAUGGACUCCUUAUCAAGUGGUAUAGGAAGCAAAUCGAAGCCUUGCACGAAAUUUUUCAGCAUUGCUGGUUGUCCCUUUGGUGAGAACUGCCACUUCCUCCACCACGUUCCCGGCGGCUAUAAUGCUGUUGCCCAGAUGAUGAACCUAGCCCCUGCUCCCACCCCACGACCAGCGGGCGGUCCCCCGCCUGCCCACCAGAACGGUCAUGGUUCUGCCCCGGCUGCUGUCAAAACCAAAGUAUGCAACAAAUACAAGACUGCAGAAGGUUGCAAAUUCGGCAACAAAUGCAACUUCGCCCACGGGGAAUGGGAGCUCGGUAAGCCCAUCAUGCCAUCCCACGACAAUCCCCGUGCGACCGGACCUAUGCCCCCAGGCAGGUUCAGUGCCCGGCCGGAGCCACCUGUACCUGGACCUGCAGCUAGUUUUGGCGCAACGGCCACGGCCAAGAUCAGCGUAGAUGCUUCCCUUGCCGGCGCUGUCAUUGGGAAAGGAGGAGUGAACUCGAAGCAGAUAUGCAGGCAAACAGGCACCAAACUAUCCAUUAGAGACCAUGAAACAAAUCCCAAUCUCAGAAACAUCGAGCUCGAGGGCACAUUCGAGCAGAUCCAGCAAGCGAGUGCGAUGGUGAGGGAGCUGAUCGUCAGCAUUGGUUCAGGAGGCGGGUCAGGCGGACCGGGGAGAGCAUUCGGGGGCGGGGGUGGAGGCGCGGCCUCCACCGGGGGUGGGGGCAACUUCAAGACAAAGCUUUGCGAGAACUUCGGGAAAGGGUCGUGCACCUUCGGGGAUAGGUGUCAUUUCGCACAUGGUGCAGCUGAGCUAAGGAAAACAGGAUAGGAUCCAUCAUUUUGUUGUGUGUGGUCUGUGUUUUCUUGAAUUUUUUACCUGUGCAGAGUAAUACAACUCAUGAAUUGAAUCUUGUAGCAGCUACGUAGGUGAUGAUAUUUUAAGAUUAAGACAGUGUAGCAUCAGUCGCAGGUCUUCCUUUUUUCUUUUUUCUAUUUUUGUUUUUGCUUUAACAUUAAGAUUUCUUACAUCUUAUGCUCAAUUUCUUUUCCAUUUGUCGUGAGUCUCUGUCCCGUUAGUUGCUUGUAAGUUGUGACAUCAUUUUUAUAUGUUUUCAGUCAAUUAUAGUUUUUACAUGAA